CUCCUACCUCGCACACAGACGCUCAGCCGUCGCUGCCGCCAUCACUUGCUUCUGUCAGAGUUUUUCUCUGACUGUUUGCCAAACAGAAAGUGCUUUGCGAGGAUCGAACAGAAACAAUGUCUUGCUCCUGACCAACACUGAAUGGAUUAGCCAGCUAUUCUGAGCACUAAUGAGAUUAAGGAGUCACAAAAGACAUGGGUCCUAGCAGCAUGGUACCUUUUGCCACGCUUCUUGAGGAGUGUUUUACUGGUCAGUCCCUCAGCGGUGGAAAUGGAGCUCUGAAAGUGACUGAGGCAGAGUCAGCGCGCGCGGAUGCCAGGGAGUAGACACAUAUGCGCUCACCUAUGUUGGUUUUGUGGUGUGGAUUCUCACUGUAGCGGUGGACAAUAUGAAAUACCAAAAGUAUAUAACAGUGAUGCAGAUGGCCAUGGGAGUGACAGCCUCCAACAAAGACGACUGCAUCCCUCCAAAGAGACAGUUGUGGGUGCCACCUGGUUCAGAUGCCCCCACUGCCUCUGCUGCGGUGCCACCUGCUGCGGCUGUGAGUCAGGGCAAACCAUCACUGCGUAGGGUCAAGGGUUGCAUCCACAGGAGCAAAAGUCUGGACAGCAUGGACCUACUGGACUGCAAUAGUACAACGAUGGAGGAAACUGUAAUAUGGGAACAGCACACAGUGACUCUUCACAGGGCUCCGGGUUUCGGGUUUGGAAUUGCUAUCUCAGGGGGCCGUGACAACCCUCAUUUCCAAAGUGGAGAGACCUCCAUAGUGAUCUCAGAUGUGCUCAAAGGAGGACCGGCAGAGGGGCUUCUACAAGAGAACGACAGAGUGGUGAUGGUAAACGCUGUCUCCAUGGACAAUGUGGAGCAUGCAUACGCUGUUCAGCAGCUGAGGAAAAGCGGAAAGAAUGCCAAAAUUACUAUUCGCAGAAAGCGGAAAGUACAGAUUCCCAUAACACGGGUAGGAGACCGAGAGACGAUGUCAGAACGAGAAGAAGAGGAUGACACUGAGGAGGAUGACUAUGAGGGACCACGUGGAGGGGGGGCAAGCGGGGGCACAAGCAGAAGAAACGAACGCAGCGGCAGUGGCGGCCGGCGGGACCACAGUGCUACCCGUGAGAGGAGUGUCUCCCCAUGCUCAGACAGACGAUCCGUUGUGUCCAACGUCUCGUCACGACCUGCCAAAGUCACACUCGUUAAGUCACGCAAGACUGAAGAAUAUGGCCUGCGUCUGGCCAGCCACAUCUUUGUAAAGGACAUUUCUCCUGCAAGCCUGGCGGCUCGUGACGGCAACAUACAAGAGGGAGACGUUGUCCUAAAGAUCAAUGGCACAGUGACUGAGAACCUGUCCUUGAUAGAUGCAAAGAAGCUUAUAGAGCGAUCAAAAGGCAAGCUGAAGAUGGUGGUGCAGAGAGACGAGAGGGCAACACUCCUCAACAUUCCUGACGUGGACGAUAGCAUUCCCUCAGCUAAUUCAGACAGAGAUGACAUUUCAGAAAUUCAUUCACUGGCAUCAGAUCAUGCCCAUGAGCCCACUCGCCACUCCCGCUCCCCUGACAAACACUCAGAGCCCUCUGACAUCUCUGGCCAGUCUCCCCAGCAGAUGAGCAAUGGCAGGCGGACUGGCUCUUUUCUCACCAGAAUACUCCCGCUUCACAGGAGUCAUGAGGAGGAGCGCAUCUCUAAACCAUCGGCUGUGUCCACCCCAGUUAAGAUGGUUGAUAAUGCACUUCUGGCUCCGUCCACUGAACAGCCCGGGGACAAACAGAUCCCUCCACUGCCAGAGCCAAAGCCACUGUAUGCGCAGCCUGGGCAACCAGAUGUUGAUCUGCCAGUGAGCCCAUCAGACGCCCCUGUGCCCAGUGCCGCCCAUGAUGACAGCAUCCUCCGGCCUAGUAUGAAGCUGGUGAAGUUCAAGAAGGGAGAAAGCGUAGGAUUGCGGCUGGCGGGAGGUAAUGAUGUGGGAAUCUUUGUGGCUGGUGUGCUGGAGGACAGUCCUGCUGCCAAAGAAGGCCUGGAGGAGGGAGACCAGAUACUUAGGGUGAACAAUGUUGACUUUGCAAACAUCAUUCGUGAGGAAGCGGUGCUGUUCCUUCUGGACCUGCCCAGAGGUGAAGAGGUCACUAUCCUGGCUCAGAAGAAAAAGGAUGUGUACCGGCGGAUAGUGGAAUCUGAUGUGGGCGACUCCUUCUACAUCAGAACACACUUUGAGUAUGAGAAGGAAUCUCCUUAUGGGUUGAGCUUUAAUAAGGGAGAGGUGUUCAGGGUGGUGGACACCCUCUACAAUGGCAAACUGGGCUCCUGGCUGGCCAUCCGCAUCGGGAAGAACCAUCAGGAGGUGGAGAGAGGCAUCAUUCCCAACAAAAACAGGGCAGAGCAGCUUUCCAGUGUGCAGUACACACUCCCCAAAACGGCGGGCGGAGACCGGGCUGACUUCUGGAGGUUCAGAGGUCUCCGCAGCUCCAAGAGGAACUUGCGGAAGAGCAGAGAGGAUCUGUCAGCUCAGCCUGUUCAGACCAAGUUCCCUGCUUAUGAGAGAGUGGUUCUUAGGGAGGCUGGAUUCCUGAGGCCUGUUGUGAUCUUCGGGCCAAUCGCCGAUGUGGCACGAGACAAACUGGCAAGAGAGGUGCCUGAUCUGUUCGAGCUUGCAAAGACACAGCACCCAGAUGGAAGGGAAAAGAGUGAACCCAGAGAUGCCGGCACUGACCAGCGCAGUUCAGGGAUCAUACGCCUUCAUACUAUCAAACAGAUCAUCGACCGGGAUAAGCAUGCAGUGUUGGACAUUACUCCUAAUGCAGUGGACCGGCUGAACUAUGCCCAGUGGUAUCCCAUCGUGGUGUUCCUGAAUCCUGACAGUAAGCAGGGCGUGAAGAACAUGAGGACCAGGCUGUGUCCUGAGUCCAGAAAAAGUGCCAGGAAACUCCAUGAGCGUGCACUCAAACUGAGAAAGAACAACCACCAUCUCUUUACAGCCACCAUUAAUAUGAACAACAUGAAUGAUGGAUGGUACGGCGCAUUGAAGGAGACCAUUCAACAGCAGCAGAAUCAGCUCGUAUGGGUCUCAGAGGGCAAGGCGGACGGCACUCCUGACGAUGAUCUGGACCUUCAUGAUGACCGUCUGUCCUACUUGUCCGCCCCUGGCAGUGAGUACAGUAUGUACAGCACGGACAGCCGCCACACGUCUGACUAUGAGGACACGGAUACGGAGGGUGGCGCCUAUACAGACCAGGAACUAGACGAGACCCUCAAUGAUGAGCUGGGACUGCCCAGCGAGCCCGCCAUCACACGCUCCUCAGAGCCCGUUCGGGAGGAUCUGCCCGUCAUUCAGGAUCCUCCUGGAUAUGGAAACUACCAGCAGCCCCUGCUGCAGCCCGAGCCGAUGAACCGCAUCGACCCUGCAGGGUUCAAGGCCCCUGCACCUCAGCAGAAAGCAGAGGCAUCUCUUCCCCUGCAGCCUGAGCCGCUGGCAGAGACAGCUCCCCCUGCUGUUCAUGUAAAUGUAGGGGCUCUGAGUGCCAAGGAUGUCCCGGUCACCCUCUCUCAGGGGGAUUUCAGCCCAGAGGCUGGCUCUCUCUUCCCACCUGCCCCUGAGCUAGCUCAGCCCCCGUCUCCCGACCCCAACCAAUCUGGACAGCCCGGGUCGGAGUCCAAGAUGCACAAGAAGGAGAUCUACCGUAGCAGUGAGCCAGUAAACCCUAGUCCUAUGCAGCCCAACUACAACUCCCAGCAGCCCCUUUACCAGGAAGAAAAGCCAUAUGUAGAUUACGACCACCAGCCGUACCACUAUGAUGGGGGCUACAUGGAACCAAAGGCCCGUAACUUUGAUCCUCACCUACAUUUUGAUAGCCGUGCGCCUCCGUAUGAAGAGCAGUGGGCCCCGUACGACCACCAGCCCAUUCCCCAGCAUCCCUCUGGAUAUGACCCUCGUUUGCCCUAUGAGGAUGGUCCGAACCGCAUCUACGGUCAGCGACAUGACACUGGAUACAACACGGGCCGACCACGUUAUGGCAAACCCAGUACCGGACCGAUUCGACAUGAUGAACCACCCCCUCCUGCAACAGGAGGAUAUGAAGCACGCCCUCCGUAUGACCAGGAGUCACUCCAUCGUACUCGAGCUACUUCCCGCUCCCCUGAUCCCCCCAAACAAUACUAUGACCCCUCUCAGAGGCCUUCCUACAAUCAAGCACCACAGAGGAGUUAUAUGAACUCUGAGGCCUCUGUGGCCCCUCCCAAACCCGAGUCCAUCUCAGAGCCAGCAGAGCCUGCACUUCCACCUCCUCCAGCGGAGGCUGAGGAAGACCCAGUCAUGAAGCACCAGUCUGUGCUGACGAGGGUGAAGAUGUUUGAGAACAAGCGAUCUGUGUCUGUGGACAGGGCAAGAGAGUCUGCAGACUCUGGCCUUCGGCCAGUGGACAUGGUGCCUAAACCUGGAGCUGCCUCUGUGCCCAAAGCCAGCUCCUUAAAUAACCUGGACCAAGAAAAAGCCUUUGGAUCUCCAGAGCCACAGCAGCCUCAGCCUAAAGCAGUGGAUGAUAUAAUUCGCUCUAACGACAAUGAUCCUGAUGAGGAUGAGGAGUACUACAGGAAACAGCUCUCAUACUUUGACCGUCGCAGCUUUGACAGCAAACCCGCCACACAGCUGACGCCUGCAGUCAAGCCAGCACAACCCCAGACCCAACCAGGCUACUAUCCCAGGGCAGAGUCCGUAGAGAAAAUCAACCAUGUUCCUCCAGUAAACCCAGCUGUCCCACCCCCAACCCUACCCAAACCUGCAGUGAUGCCAACGCUCGACCCGCACGGGUCUCCCAAAGUGAAGCCUCACAGUCAUGAAGACACAGUCCAGAGUAACUACCUGCCUCAGAAAAGCUUCCCAGAGAAAUCUCCUGUGAAUGGAACAGGUGAACCUCCAAAGCCCAACAGCACUCCUGUCACGUCCAGCUACAACCGAUUUGUGACCAAGCCAUACACAACCUCUGCAAGGCCCUUUGAGCGCAAGUUUGACAGCCCCAAGUUCAACCACAACCUCCUGCCUAAUGACUCGCAAAAUAAGACGGAUAAUGUUAAAGCUCCCAUCAGCAACACAGUCAAACUACCGAGCUCAUCCCAGCCGACGGACCAUGACAGCGGCCUAGAUACAUUCACUCGCACCAUGGAACAGAAACCCAAAUACCAGCAGAACAACAUCAGUGCCGUGCCCAAGGCAAUACCUGUAAGCCCAACUGCUUUGGAGGACGAUGAUGAUGAUGAAAGCCACACCGUGGUGGCUACAGCUCGGGGCAUCUUUAACUGUAAUGGCGGGGUCCUGAGCUCCAUUGAGACGGGAGUGAGCAUCAUUAUCCCACAGGGAGCCAUUCCUGAUGGUGUGGAGCAAGAGAUUUACUUCAAAGUGUGUCGGGAUAACAGCAUCCUGCCACCUCUGGACAAAGAGAAAGGUGAAACUCUGCUGAGUCCUCUGGUGAUGUGUGGUCCUCAUGGUCUGAAGUUCCUGAAGCCAGUGGAGCUCCGCCUACCUCACUGUGCGUCUAUGACCCCUGAUGGUUGGUCUUUUGCUCUAAAAUCCUCCGACUCCUCGUCGGAUGAUCCUAAGAGUUGGCAGAACAAAUCUCUCCCCGGGGAUCCCAACUACCUGGUUGGACCCAACUGCGUGUCUGUGCUUAUUGACCAUUUCUGAGGAGGGCAACAGCAGGCGUGUUAAUGAAUGUGGAACCAGAUAACUGAAAAGAGGACCUUCCCCUAAAAAACGCACACACACACACACACACACACACACACACACAC